AUGGGGCAUACUCUAUACUCUCCAAGUCCAAUCAUCCCCUUUCACAACUCGGCGGGGCAGACGGAGAUCAAGAAAUUCGGGGGUCUCCUAACCUCGGAGUUCAUGCCAGCUCCCGUCGGCCGCAGCUUUCAGAUGCGACAAACCUACCGCCACAACGUUGAAGGCCCCAUCCCCGAUAAUCUCCGCAAAUUGAUCGCGGAUCCCAGAAAGCCAAAGGGCCCGCCAACGCACUUCCACCAGUUUCAAACCGAGUACUUCAAAGUCGAGGAGGGCAUUUGCAUCGUUGAGAUCAAUGGUGUGCCGCGCAACGUGAGUCCCGACGAUGAAGAGAUCAGCUGCAAGCCGGGAAAUGUGCAUGCAUUUUACAUUCAUCCGGACAGCCCGGAGAAGAUGACGGUGCUGCUGAGCGCGAGUGAUACAGGAAUGGAUUAUCAGCUUGAUCGCGUGUUCUUUGAGAACUGGUAUGGAUAUUGGCAUGAUGCCUUGCUGUAUCGCGGGGGACUGGAUCUGAUCCAGACACUUCAGAUCCACGACGCAGGCGAUCACUACACUCCCGCGCCCGCUUGGAUGCCCUUCCGCACCUUUUUUGGCUAUUGGGCAUGCGUAAUCAUCGGCCGCUGGCUCGGCGGACUGCUAGGCUACAAACCCUUCUUCAAAGAGUACACGACUGACUGGGACUUUGCAAUCUCAAAGAUGAAAGGAAACGUCUUUACCCGGUGGAAUGUGCAUGAGAGUUAUUCUGACAAGCAGCCGUGGGAGAAGCAGGUGGAGAUGUCUAGCCAUCCCAAGCCUACGAAUGCGGAGUACGAGGAGUUGGUUACUGAUAUGACUGAGACGUUCUGGAAGUCGCAGGGUAAUAACGGUGUCAAGGGGGUCAAUGGUAUGUUUGGGGAUGAGUCUCCUACGUCAAAGAUGGCAAAGGUCCACGUCAAAGGGGAGGUUAAUGGCGCUCUCAAUGGUGAUACGGUAGCCCCUCUUCGUAAGAGGGUAUAAUGUGUUGUAGAUGUUUAGGUUGGGUAAUAUCAAGAGGAUAGCUUUGAGACAUAAUGGCGUUGACGGGAUACGAUUUGCUUUUGUG